AUGGACAUUGAUCAUGAGUGGGUUUUCCUGCCUGACAAUGGAUUCCUGGAAAUCAGAGCAGCCUCCGCCAUCAGGAAAUCAAGGAGGUUAUUUAAACAAGUUGUUCCAGUUUCAUUUCCAACGGAACCAAGAAUCUUUAAGGCUCCAGAAAAUGACCUGGGGAAGGAAACUACCAAAGGGGUACCUAUUGGUGUCACUUCUACGCCAUCCAUGAUCCCUGAGAUGAUUAAAGAACCUGAUAUUGGAUCAGCUAAAGGUGAUAAAGAAGUGAAGACGCAAAUUUCCUUUAGGAAACCAACUUACAAUGAUCAAUCUGUCGACAUGACCAACAAAAUGGACUCACCAAAGUCCACUUCUAGGGGAGUUAUUCCUCAAAUUGUUGCAGCAAGUACAUUUAAUUUUGAUGACAAAAGUGAGGUUCUGGAGAAUAAGAGUUCCCCAAGAAAUAAAGAUUUGGUGGAAAACAAAGUUGAGAACAAAGAUGUUACCUGCGAGGAGAACUCUGGUGACCUUAAUUUAUGGAAAUGGAGCUUAGCUGGUAGUGGAGCCAUCUAUUCUUUGGGUGUUGCUGCUGCUACCUUUUUUAUCAUCAUAUUAGGAGGUCAACAAAGACGCGGACAGCAACAACAGAAUCAGAAGCUGCUGUUCCAGCGUUACACUAAUGACAAGAGAAUGAAGCAAAUGGUUCAUCAUACAACCAAACUCAAUGAAGCAAUUUCUGCAGUUAGAGGAGCUCCAAUCACCAGAGCUCACAUAGCAUUUGGGGGUUACUAUGAUGGUCUCUAA